UUUAUGGGCCGACAUGUCCGAUAUGAUCCCGGAAGCGAAGGACAACCUGUAAUUGACCAACAAAAAAUGGGCAGACGUUUGUUAUCUCCAUGAUUUUUGACAAUGUUUAUCAUUUUAUAGGCCUGCUGGGGCAUGUGUCUCGGCAGCCGAUUGGAGCUACGAGUAUCGCAUGAGAUAAUAAUCAUAUCAGUUGUGACUUUCGGUGGUAGGUUCAGUCUUCUACAAUUGAAAACUGCGGACGCUGGCGCUUGGUAGUGAUUGUAGAUGCCUGUAGACCGUAGACUGCAAUCCAUUUCGUCAUCCUUAUCUUAUUUCCGGGCGACAGGACGAGGCCGGUUCACUGCGUUCGGAGAGUUGUAGUAGAUCGUCGCAAGAUUACUGACCAUGGAGCCUUGGCAACGUGCUGUCCUUAUCCUCUGCCUCUACGGCUUUUUCAAGGAGCUGCGUCCGUCCGAAGCCUUCCUGACACCAUACCUGAAAAGUGACUUCAAGAAUCUUACAGAAAAUGAAGUCAACAACCAGAUAUACCCCGUCUGGACGUAUUCCUAUCUCGCAGCCCUUUUCCUUGUGCUGUUGACGACGGAUCUACUGCGUCACAACCCGCUCAUCAUUUUCGAAGGAGUGAUGUACCUGAUCACGUGGUCUCUCCUUAUAUGGGGUGAGGGCGUCAUGGCAAUGCAAUUGAUGCAGUUUGUCUAUGGGUUCGCUACAGCCACCGAGAUCUCCUAUUCUUGUUACAUAUAUCUUGUGGUCUCUAUGGAUAAGUAUCAGAAACUGACUGGACUGAUUCGGGCGGUGCUACUUUGCGGACGGUUUACGGCGGGUGUGGUGGGGCAGUUGGUGAUAUCACUGCAUGCAAUGAACUACUUGCAGCUGAAUUAUAUUUCUAUGUCCUGCGUUGGAGUCGCUUUCAUCAUGUCUCUUAUUUUGCCAUGCGCAAAUAAACUGAACUCGGCCAAAAAGGACGCUGAUGAUGCAUUCCGAGAGAGGACUGUCUCCACCAUGUCGUCUGCCCAAAUAUCGACAAGUGACGUCGGUGUGACAGCGGACUCCUUGGCAGAGGAAAUGGAAACCCCGCGGGGUUGUAGCUGUUGCACGUGCUGCAACCAGGAAACAGACGACGAUAGCAGCUUCGUCGACGUCAGCCUCUCUGAAACGAGGUGCUGCCACCGGUGUAACAAGCGAUGCAAAUUCGAGAUGAGAAGCCUAUUCUAUGACGUCAUCAAAUGCUACACGAACCCAAACAUGUUGAAAUGGUCCCUGUGGUGGGCGUUUGCGACAUGCGGCUUCUUCCAAGUGGGAAACUUCGGACAGAAUCUUUGGGAUGAAAUCAGCCCUUCUAGGGACAAUCCAAAGAUUUACAACGGCGGAGUGGAGGCGAUUACGACACUGACAGGGGCGGUCAUGGCUUUCGCAACCGGCUUCAUAAAGGCAGACUGGCAAAAGUACGGGGAGCUGUUACUGUUUAUUGUGACAGCCUUGGAUUGUGUCUGCUUGCUCGUCAUGUCUCAGGCCACCAAUAUCUGGCUGGCUUAUGCUAUGUACAUAGUCUUCAGGGCGUUCUAUCAGCCUGGUAUCACAGCUGCAAGUUUCCAGAUCGCAUCUUAUCUGAAAACCGACCGCCAUGGACUUGUCUUCGGAUGUAACACGUUCAUGGCUCUUUUGCUCGAGACUAUCAUCACAGCUGUAGUCGUGGACAAGAGGGGGUUAGACACACCAAUUAGGACACAGUUUGUGGUAUACGGCUGCUACUUCGGCAUCAUUUCGGCAGUAUUCGCUGGAGCAGCAAUCUACAGCACAUACCGCCGCCUGAGGGCAACAGAGGUCGACAAUCAAGGCCACACAGAUGAAGCAAAUGUUCAAUCUUCUUAAAUACGGCCGUCUCAUGAUGUCCGUCACGGAGGACUAGAUGUAUUUGUUUAUGUCUAGUCUACUCUAAACUGUGUUGUUGUCUUCGUCAGCAGUCAAGAGACAGAAUGAGGAAUGACGGGUGUCCUUCACUAUUGUGACAAUGUCUCC